AUGGAAUUCCGUGAAAUUGUAGGGAAUGGAAAGGGAGAGAAUGGCCAAGGCAAUGAGGUAAUGCCAGUUAGGGAUGAAGGAGAGGGAGCUGAGAAGAAGCGUGUAGGGAUUAGGAGGGGAGGAAUUCAUGGGCAGAUUAUAUUGGGAAUUAUUGUUGUCAGCAAUGCUCAUCUAGACCUUCUGAGAAAUGACUAUGCUGGUCUGCUCCAAACCCAAAUCACCAUUGUUGUGACUGCACAGAAUGGGAAUGCCAAGGCUCAUGCAACAUUUUCUGACAUAACCUUCAACCUUAGCUACCAAAGCCAAGACAUAGCACUGCUGGUUGCAGACCCAUUUGAUGUGGCCAAGAACAGUUCAAAGAAUCUCAACUAUGUUGUUCAAUCAUCAUCUAUACCAUUAACUCCUGAUCAGAUGGAGGAAGUGGAUGAUUCGUUGAAAAGAAAUGAGAUUGGUUUUGAUUUCAAGGGAAACGCGAGGACACAGUGGAGGGUAGGGCCUAUAGGGUCUGUUAAGUUCUUGUGUCAUCUGAAUUGUGACCUCAAGUUCCACCCUGUUAAUGGGAGCUACAUACCCUCGCGGUGCACCUCCAAAUCAAAAUGA